CCCUCAGUCUUCAUUCAUUGCAAACCAUGUACCACAAGCUUCACACCUCCAGCCUCCUGUCUCAGCCUCAGAUCCUGGCUGUGACUUUACGCUGCUUUAGCUUCUGAGCUGGAAUCAUCAGUCUGGAAAUUCAUCCCAGUGUCUUCGUUCUCUCCCGUCCUCCACCUCCAUGUGCCAUACCUCCCACCGAUGUCCCAUUUUCCUGUGAUCUCCUGCUCCUCUCUGGUGUCUCUGAUGGGAUUUCCUCUCCCUGCCCCUCCUCUUGCAUCUUUAAAACCCCAUUGUGUGAUGUCCUUUCAUUUCAUCCUGCGCUGGCCAAAUCCCAGCAUUGAUCUGCGCUGGUCUCCCAGGCUCCCCUUCCUUCCAGUCACUUCUGCGCUGGCAUCACUUUGGCUUGGUUACACUUGGAUUACGGACCUCCGGAGCCGGCUUCAGCAUGCUUGUCCAGCUGCACAGCUGGGGUGACCCCACCAAAUAGCAUCCCCAGGGUCUCCAGAUGGAAUUUCAAAAUUCACAUUAGAACAUGGGCACGAGUGACUGUGCUCCACUCACUUCAUAUUCAAGAUGAACAGUUGCAAGUUCAUGGACAAGGACAUUGAAGGUAGAGGGUCCAAGAUGCCGAAAAAAGCACAAAACCCAUCAGUUGUGGUUACAAACCGCACCAUGGUGACUGCAGUACCAGAGAAGAGGCGGCGGCAGAGAUAUGUGGAGAAGGAUGGGAAAUGUAACGUUCAUCAUGGGAAUGUCCGGGAAACAUACAGGUAUCUGACGGACAUAUUCACCACCUUGGUGGAUCUCAAGUGGAGAUUUAACCUCCUGGUGUUCACUAUGGUCUACACCACUACGUGGAUUUUCUUUGGAUUUAUUUGGUGGCUUAUUGCCUACAUCCGUGGAGACCUGGACCACAUCGAGGACUCAACAUGGACGCCUUGUGUUGACAAGUUGAACGGUUUUGUAUCUGCGUUCCUCUUCUCCAUUGAGACUGAGACCACCAUAGGGUAUGGGUACAGGGUGAUCACGGACAAGUGUCCAGAGGGAAUUAUUCUCCUGCUGGUCCAGGCCAUACUUGGCUCCAUAGUCAAUGCUUUCAUGGUGGGCUGCAUGUUUGUGAAGAUCUCUCAGCCAAAGAAGCGGGCGGAGACCCUCAUGUUCUCUAAUAUGGCCGUUAUCUCUGUGAGGGAUGGGAAGCUGUGUUUGAUGUUCAGGGUGGGAGACCUGAGAAAUUCCCACAUUGUCGAUGCCUCUAUCAGAGCCAAGCUGAUCAAGUCUAAACAAACCAAGGAGGGAGAGUUUAUCCCUCUCAACCAGACAGACAUCAAUGUGGGCUUUGACACCGGUGAUGAUCGCCUCUUCCUUGUCUCUCCUCUAAUUAUCUGCCACGAGUUCAACGAGCAAAGUCCAUUCUGGGAAAUUUCCAAGGAUCAACUAGGAAAAGAAGAGUUUGAGAUUGUUGUCAUCUUGGAAGGCAUGGUGGAAGCCACAGGCAUGACAUGUCAAGCUCGAAGCUCCUAUGUGGAGAGAGAGGUCCUCUGGGGCCAGCGUUUCAUGCCGGUCCUCACGCUGGAAGAAGGCUUCUAUGAAGUAGACUAUGAUACGUUUCACAACACUGACGAGACGCCAACCCCCACAUGCAGCGCCAAGGAGCUUGCUGAACUCACUGCCAAGGGCGAGGCCUUGCAACUCAUGUCCGCCAACAGCAAGGGCAACCAGACGGUAGACAGUGACCUCCAGGAUGGCUCAGAGGUAGAGGAGGCACCUGUACUUUCCAACGGGGACAUUAGUAAAAUACAGCUGGAUGGUUGUGAGUGAACGGAAGGAACAUUAUGGCAGAUCUGUAAAAGAAAUACUUGGAAUAUUUGCCAGCAAUAUACGACUGCUGCCUCUUCCAGAACGCUGACGUGGCUGGUGUCUCCCGGAGAUAUAGUAAUGACGUCAGCCAAACCAAGUCAUUAAUCUGUACUUGUCUUCUAAGCACAGGGGAAACAGCCAUACGUAGGUGGUACCACUAUUCAUGGGACUCCUGUGCCUCGUGCCUCGACGAUGUCACCAGAUUCUAGUUCAUUGCUGAAUAUAAUAUGUUCAUUACACAAAGUUGCUGCUUUGAGUUUGCGCAGGCAAAAAGUGGACUGUAAGGAGUGAGAACGUGCCGUCCAGGCACCCCAAAUCUGUUCUCCUGUGUCAGAGGACUUCCCUUGUCACCUGGGACAUAACCGUUUGCACCACCAUUGCAGAGCCACUACCUGUCACUGUUCUGUGCUUUAUUUCCAGCUGUGCAUAUUCUUCUAAAAUAUCAUUAUAUGUGACUGAUUUCAGACUGGGCUAAGGACCGUAUUAAGAGACGCUAAGGACCGCCCAGCACAGCGCAAGGCCGCCCAGCAUGUGUAGUCCCGCCUCACGGCGUAUCCACAAUUAGACACAUCGGAACUAAGGUUAACCCCUGACAGCGCAGCCCGGCUGCACUGUUAGGUUGUUGGACGACAUUUUUUUUAAAUCAGAGCGGCUGUGUGUGUGAUGUCACGCAGCCGCCCUGAAAACAGUCCGGGCCUGCCCCCGUUCAGAAAGCCCUGCCCCCUCCACGCCACACCGCCGCCCCAUGAACGCCCGCCACUGUUAUUCACAUUGCAGUCGCAUCCAUCGGUAUGAGACCGCACUGUGUGGGGUCAGGCAGCUGUGAUGCGGCAAAAGCGCAGUUUGCUGCGGGACGCAUCAGCAGCUAGGUCUGAAUGACCCUCUGAGAAGGGAUUUGUCCGGCUCCCACCUGCAAGCACUGGUUUCCAAUCUAAGGUUCCUCAGUUAGAGCUCCAUACAGGUCUUCUUCCCACCAAUAAUACAUACAGUCCUCACUCUCACGUAGAAGAUAAGUCAUACAUGACAAAGCAGUGUGUUACAUCUACUUAUAUUAAUAGGGUUGGGAGGAGGUUACACUUUGAUGUAAGGGUUACACAUUUCCAAUGUGUGGAUCAUAAGAGGCACUUUUACAUUGUGGAGGCACCAAUAACAGAAGGGAAGUGCACACCUUGCUUGAGGUCUGGUUGGCAGACCCAGCCAGAUGCUUCAUACAUCUACACUUUGGUCUCCAAGUGGUUCUUUUACAAUGGACAGGGGUCCCCUAGACCUCUGCCGAUUAUAUCAACAGAAUGGGUAAGGUAAGCGAAUACACAAUUCAUAAAUAGAGUUUAGAUAAACUGGAGACUCUUCAAAACCCCCAUUUACUACUUUAUACGGACCCCAUUAUACUGUGACCAGUGGGGAACCCCACUCCUGGUGCCUCAAUCUAGUAAAUCAUAGCAGCCCCCGCAGUCCAGUGGUGUUGGGAAGAGACCCAGCAUUUUUUUUUCGGCAUGCAGUUGAUCAUCUCCAAGAGGUAUUGUCCAACAACCACCACCUUAUGCUCAGUGUCGGACUGGGGCAUGAAGGGCCCACCGGGAUAAUGAAGUUAUAGGGGCCCAUACUUAGGGGUGUGGUCAGCCUACAAAGGGGGUGUGGCCAGCCUCCACAGAGGCUUGAAAUACACAAUAGUUUAGUGCAGUGUAAUGCAACAUAUCUACCAUGUAUAAUAAAAGUGCACAGUCUGGAACCUGAUCCCUAGAGGAAGGAGUGGGCCCUCAGGCAGUGGGGCCUACCGAUGGUUUCCCUGGUACCCCUGUGGGCCAGUCCGACCCUGCUUAUGCUCACUCCCCUCCAUCACAGGCAGUAUAUGUGCACUUACCUGCCCGGGGCUGCUGUUCACCUCAUUACUUCUAGCCCUAGUGCUGGAUGAGGAUCUAGGGAUGGAGCAAGCUCCCUUUUUGCAAUUCCCCUUACUAUCCACCCCCUCUCCACCACCAUCAUUAUUUUUCCAUGAAAAACGAGCACGCUCUUGUGUCUACUCCAUACUUCAUCAGGACUGACCUCACUCCACCCCUCUGCCGGUGCCAAGUGCUGCUUUACACACCCAUGUGCCCUAUACCAGGCUUAAAGCUGUGUUUACCCCUUGAAGUGGCAUACCGAUCGUCGGGAUCCCGGCGGUCACAAUACAGACGCCGGGAUCUUGACGGGGGCACCCUACCACCGCCGGUAUAUAGGCGGGGUAGAUGAUUCCUCCUCUAUGGGUGUCCACGGCACUCAUAUAGAGAGAAUAGAACCUGUGGAAAGCGAAGCGAGUCUGCAAGGGGCUUAGUUGUGCUUGCCCCCCACCUACCAGCAUUCCACUGCGCGGGAUGGCGAUGUUGGUAUACUGACAUUCCCGUACGGCGGUCAAGCAUACCGAACACGAAGUGGCAUGUCACUGAAUGUGUGUGUUGGCAAUGGGAGGGACUUGGUUGGGUACAAAUUCCCUGCAGUUUGCAUCCCAACGGUUAGAAUUCCGAUAGCGGUAUCCUGACAGUAAAAAUCCCGACAGCGGGGCAGAUGUAUUAAGCCUGGUGACGUGAAAAAGUAGGAAGGUGAUAGCGCACCAGCCAAUCAGCUCCUGUCAUUUUUCAAACCCAGCCUGUAAUAUGGAAGUUAGGAGCCGAUUGGCCGGUGCGUUAUCACCUUCCACUUUAUCACUUCACCAGGUUUAAUAAAUCUGCCCCAGAUGGUCUUAUUCAGAUGGAUCGCAAUUUUUCUCUGGCGUGAUUCCGAUGUCAGUAUUCUGACUGGCGGGAGCCGGACCACAUCCCACUUCUCUACUGGCUCACUUCUCCGCUCUUAUCACUGCUUAGUAAAUGUCCCCCUAACACUUCAUUACAUCCUGGCCCAGGUAUGAAACUGCCCCAGGGAAUCUCUAUUAUGUUUUAGCUACUAAAAGUCAUCCUACUCUUUUCACGAAAGCACAAACCAGACACCUCCGGAUUCACAGCAUCACAUCACCCUCAAAUACUGAUUGACAACAUUAAUUAGAUGAGAAUGAGCCAGAUCCUGUGUCGCUCGUCCUGCGUCUUGUAUCUGCAAGUUCAUGCUAAUGCAACAAUAAAGCCUUUCCCUAUGUACACCCAUGCGUCCGAAUGUGGAAGGACUGAGGACCGUAGUUCCAUCUUGGUCAUACUUACCUACUCUCCCGGAAGCUGCGGGAGGCUCCCGUUUUUUGGGGUAGCCCCCCGCACCCCCGGAAGAGUGGGCAGGUCUCCCGCAUCCUGCUCGCACCCUAGUGAUGCGAGCAGCAUGGAGAGAUAACCUCCCGCAUUCGCGGGUCCGUCGGGUGGAGAAGGGGUUAAAAUGACGCAAAUCUCGUCAUUUUAGCCCCGACCCCUUCCCGCGGACCCGCGAAUCGCGGCAUUUCUCGAUGCGGGGGCGGGGCUUAGUGAUGUCACAGCCCGCCCCCGAAGACACUGCAGCGUCUCCUCUCCGGGCUUCUCCCGGAGAGGAGAAAUAAAAUGUAGGUAAGUAUGAUCUUGGUGCGUCUUUAGACACGACCAUCGGUUGCACCAUCGAAACUUGCACCAGCGAUAAUGCAGCUGCAGUUUCUCCGUCUGUCCACCAUCAGGGGAGGACUGCCGGGACUCCAGUUCUAGGCUCGGACCAUGAGGGGGCCUGCAUGGCAGCAGUGUGAUUUGGAGCGCAACGUAGGCUGCCAUAGAGGGACAGCAAUGGCUGCAUUUAUAAUUCGGAGCCGACUGCAAGCCUUUCAGAGCUUGUGGACUGGCAGCCAAUCAGGAGCGGCUGUUGGAGCAGCUCACUGCCUGCCAAAGUUAUAUAAUGAAAAGACUAUGGCAGGAUCAGCUGAACCAACGCCUUCCCUUCCCCUACAUCAGAGAUACAGCCUGUGCUGCCUCACUGGGAACCAUUAGUUUAGCGCUGAUUUGCAAACCAAGGUUUCUGCAUAACCGCAGUAACAGAGUAUAACCAAGUUGUGGGUGCAGAUUGGAAUUUCAACACAAGGUGGCAGUAGAGCACAUGCUGGGUCUUUGGUAACCUUCAUAAAGGGCAAUGAGUGAACUAGGAAUCAUUAUAUGUUUUCUCCCAUACGGUUCCUCUUCUUCACACCAGCCAUUCUAUCUCAUCUAUACUACACUGUGAAUAUAAAUAAAAUUGCUAAGCGCACAUAAGUUGUCCAUCCUAUGUAUGUUUGUGUCCAGGAGAUCAAAAUAAAGUUUAGUAUAU